AUGUCAGCUGAUAUAGUAUCCCAUCACGGUGGAGAUGGUGGUGGUCAAGACCCCACAGAUCCUAGCAGGAUACCCUCAACUUGCGAGUCAGAUCGUCCUGCAAGAAGGAGGGGACGUGGCCCUGCCAGUAAUGUUAAUAUUGAAAAACGAAGGCGGGAUGCUGGCAAACCACUUGAAUUGGAGCUUGAUCCGGCGACAGACAAAGUGGUUGGUACUGAGCACCAAGCUUUUGUUCGUCAAUUGAGUACUGAAGUUACAUUACUAUUGCCGGGACAUUAUUUAGAUUUUAAAGAUGUUCCUCAGCAAUAUAAAGACCAGGUCGUUCAAAAGAUGAAGGAGAGCUGGAAAGAAAUCGUCGAUUUGUUUCUGAGCCCAAAGUUUGUAGCGCGAUCCACGCAGAACAAGAAAAAUAGAAAGGAAAUGAAGUAUUUGUCGACGCAAGGCUCUAAAUCAAUGGCAGCGAUCCGUAACGAAUAUGAUGAACCUGAUGAUCAUGCUAUUGAUGCUUGGAGAGAUACUCAUAUAAAAAAAUCUACGAAGACUUGGGUUAGCGAAACUUGCAAAGAACUACAUGAACAAAUGGCCCAAGAGAUGGAGAGGCAAAAUAUUCAAAGUAGUCGGUCAGGUUCGGAAUCUGCUUCUAGUGAAGGUUCUACUGCUAAAUCAAUACAGUAUCAGGUUAUGGAUAAAGUCCUUGGCUCGAGGUCUGAUUAUCAAAUAGGAGUGGGAUACAGGCCUAGAGGCAAAGGGAAGAAAUCAACAUCUAGCUCCACAAGUCAAAGUUCAAGCCAAACUCAGUCACAAGUUCCUACUAAUGUGACUCCAGAGAUGAUGGGAGUUUUGGCUGAGAUGUGGGUUAAGAUGCGUGAUAAGGUCGAGUCAGGAAAUUUGCAGAAUGAUUCUUCCCUCCAUGACCCACGCUAUGAAAGUUUAUUGCAACAGUUCUUACCUUCUCAACAACAAGGUAGUACAUCUAAUCAAAGCCCGGGGACGUCGUCGAUGCCACAACAACCACAACAAAAUUCUCCAAACAUAUCUGGUGGUUCCUCUCAGUCGCCACUUUUUAAUUAUAUGUUUGGACUUUCUUCCCAGUUUCCUCAGACACAACUUAUGGGAAGUCAGUUUGGAGGAUUACCGCAGCAGCAGCAACAGCAACAACAACCUAUGUAUGGUCAAUUUGGGUCGUUCAUGCAGCAGCAGCCGGUAUAUCCUCAUUAUGGAGGAUCGACACAUCAGCCCGUUUAUAAUCAGCAGUACUACACUUCUCCGAAUCAACAACAGCAGCAGUCUCCUUUGAUCCGCCCACAACCUCGGCCAUAUUAUCCUUCGCCACCAGCACCACAGUCUCAUGAAGGAUCACUACAGUUCUUUAGGCAACACGUUAAAGACAACAAUUGUUAA